AGUGUACAAAAAUAGGCAGCUAAAAGUUUUCGCAAUAUCCAAUUUUAAUAAUAUUUUUAAUAUUAUUUAAUUUAACCAAAAUAUUUAGGUUUUGUGCAGGUGAUAGAGAAGGUUUAAGAAUAUCUUGAACAGUGUAGUUCUGAAGGUAAAUAAAGAACAAUCGAUAAAACUGAUUUUUAUGACCACAAUUUAAGGCAUCAUGAUCUUGCUAAAGAGAAUACUACUUUCAUGUUUACUUCUGAUUUCAGUCAUAGCUGAGGAAGAAGAUUUGGAGAGUGAUGUCACUACUGUUGAGUUCAGUACGCACCAUUCCGAGAGGCCUAUUGAAAAUGCGGUGAACGCCAGCAUCGUGACUCCCGAAGAGAUCGAGCCACCCGUGUCUUACGAGAAGGAACGACUGGCUGCCCUCAAAGGAUCCAACAUCACAGACAUUGAAAAGAUUUUAAACAAUAUUACAGAUCCAAUGAUGCCAGAAGCAGAACUUAAUGCCACAGCCAAUGCUACAACAGAAACAAAAAACAAAAUUAAAGUAGAAUGCACUCCCAGAGUCAUUCCUGAAAAUGAGACUGUUCAAGUCGUCUUGGCUAACUCAUCCACACUGCUUAAAGUGCUCUCACCUAAUACUAAUAAGAACACUACAGCAGGGGAGUGCAUCGUUGUCCUAUUCUUCUCUCGACAGUGCGUCUUCUCUGCCAGGAUGGCUCCCCACUAUAAUGCUCUGGCGAGGGUGUUCCCAGACAUCACAUUUUAUGCUGUGGAUAUCAUGGAAACUGGAAAUUUGUAUAUACGCUAUGGAUUAGUGUAUGUUCCAAAUAUCAUGCUGUUCCACAAUUCUAAACCACAUGGAAGAUUUAAUGAAAGUGUGAUAAAUCUGGAGGAGUUGGUGGAUUUCAUUAAAUAUUUUACAGGUUUGGAACACAAUGGUACUCUGAAUGUGACAUCUGCGGAUAUGAGCGGCCCGGUUCCUUCAGUGCUCGUAAAGAAAGUUGAUUACAUAUUGAUAUUUUCUUGGUUUUUCACUAUCUUUUGUCUUGCUCUUACCUUCCUCAAGUCAUCUUUCUGCAAACGCAUGGUGGAAUUCCUACGCAACACGUGGCACGAAGCGAACGCUGCCUCUCAGCACGAGCACGAAGAGUAGUCCUGUUUGUGAUUCGCAGCAUUGGACAAUGCUGAGUUUAACUGUGAUAUUUCUAUGUUUUUGGAAAAACCUGGUUGUUUUCAAAUUUUUUUUUAUUGAUCUUGUCAUAGGCAGGCUAUUGUAAAUAUCAUGACAAUUUAACAGGGUGCAUAGCGUUUUUAAAAAGUGCUCAUUUUUUUAUUUAUGUUAUGUUAUGCCCUUAAAGGUGCUUUUUUUAUUCGGGGUUUGCAAAAAGUGCUUAAUUUUAAAUUCUUUUAAAAAUAGAUUUUUUUCCUUUGCCUAGGUGAAUUGUCAUUCUAAAUUACAAAAAAUGCCUGGUUUUCUCAAUUUUCUCUGCAAUAUUUACCAGAAACUAGUUACUUAAUCUUGAUUAUGUUUUUGAAAAUGUUUUUGAAUUUUAUUGAUUUUAUGUUUAUAAAUUAAAAACUUUGGCUAAAAAUAAUUUUUAUUUGUGCACAGAUCCUAAUUAUAAUUAUUAUUUUUUUUAGAAGUGAUAAGAAAUAUUUUUUGAGUGCUUAUUAUUUGUUGAAAAAUCUGGCUGCGCACCCUGUUUAAUGCUCGUGCAUCAAUAAGUUUGUUUUGUUUGUGAACAUGUAAUAAUAUAAGUGUUUUGUAAUAUAUUUAUUAUAUCAUAACUGAAAAAUUAAUUAUUAAAUUUACACCCCCGGUCCCUAGUUACACUAAUCAGGGAAGUGUGAUAAAAUCAGUCUUGAAAGAUUCUAAGUUUUUGUGAUCACCUUUUUGACUUCUUUUUUUUUACUAAGUCUUAUGUGAUGUGUCUGCAGACUUAACUCUUAUUCUGUUUAAUCUCGCUGUAAUUUUUUUUAAAUGUACAUUUCUGCCAUCUAUGUAAAUCUGGGUUUUGCAUAUCAUCCUUCCAGAUCUAGGAGCAGGGCAUGUGAUUUUCUUCGUGGGAUUCCACGCAUCUCAAGAACAUUGAUUCUUGGACUUCUGCAAAUCAAUACUUACGAUCCAGCAAAAUUUUCACCUCAGUCUAAAAUUUAACGUCAGAAUUAAGUUCUACAAUCUAAAGUUCAAAUUUUGAAUCGGGGUUUUUGAGAUGUUUCCACGCACUUCCGCAAUUUUGAAUUAUUUUUUAGUUUGUCGGAUUUUCAUAAUUUUCAAUAUGUGAAACUGCCAAAAUGCGCUUAUAUCGUCAAUCAUAUUCAUGCAAUUUUAUAACCCAAUAUCACAGUUUGUAUUUCUGCUUUCUUAAAAUCCAAUAUCGCUAUUCUCGUAAGAACUGAGCUUUCUCCUAAAUUAAUUUCUAAUGAAGUGUGAUAUUCUAGGUAACUAAACUAUAAAUCUUAGUUCAAAAAAUUUUAUUAAAUAUGGAUAGUAUAUAAAUUGAUGUCUUGUUAUCUAGUUUUCUCACACUUUUCAAUUGUUUGCAACUUUCCGGGUUUUACUCUUUGUGUCACAAUCAUCCCUGACUCAUGUAUUUUUAUGUAAAACUUUUAAUUAAUUUAGAUUAUUUUAAUUGAGUUAUGUAAAACAUUGUUCUAUGAAUGUUGUUGGUGUCUCUGUGGUUCUGAGCUGUUGCUGUAAAGGGUUCAAUACCAUGUGGUGGCUUGACAGAUUAAUGGGUGUCAACAUGUAUGAUGCAUAAUGUUGACCACACUGUAGAUUGACCUCCUUGACUGACAUUUUGUUGCAAUGAAUGCUGUAUACUGGGUAUCUCUGCACCUGGAAAGUCAUGAAUUUCGGUAUUGAGCAAAAUUUGUCCUGAAAUGUCAUGAUUUUAACUAUUUUUUUCUAAAAAAAUCAUGGAGAUUCAUGGAAUUUAGGUUGCCGAAAAAUCUAAUUUUUAAAAGGGAAUUUCCCAAUUCCAAUUUCAUGGUGGUUCCGAAUAUCUGAAUUUGUAACAAAAUCCCCACUCACGGUCAUAUUUUAUUAAAAUAUAAAAUAUUUUAUGUUCUUUAAAAACUAUGG